UCAUCCGAACCUCAGCUCCGUGUCUGGACAACCAGGUUCGGACCACACUGAGCCUCUCGAAAAAAGCCAAGGUACCCUCGAAAAUAAUGGAACCAAAGUGAAACAGGGGUUUUAGAGUGAGAAAAAGAGAUAGAGAGAGAAAACAACCAUUGAUGGGUCAGAUCGUGAGGAGGAAGAAGAAGGGACGUCCCUCCAAGGCAGAUCUAGCUCGACGCUCCGGCGAAUCUCCGGCGACGACACAUCCCGACCUUAGACGAAGCCGGCGGCGGAGGAAUGUGAGGUACAACAUAGAUUACGACGACUACCUCGACGAGGAGGACGAGGAUGAAGACGAGGACGAGAGGAGGCGCGAGAAGAAGAAGCUGAAGCUGGUGGUGAAGCUGAACCAGGGCGCGGAUGAAGAGGAAGACGAAGACGAAGACGAGUCCGCUCCGAGCCGCACUCGCGUGGGGUCGCGUGAGGUGCACGCGCAGGAUGAGGAGGAGGAGAAGAUGGUGAGGAAGAAUGAAGAAGGGGAAGAGGAUGAGGAGGAGGAAGAGGGAGAAGAGGAGGAAGAAGAAGAAGAAGAAGUGAAUGAGGAUGCGGAGGAGCACGAAGACGAAGGUGAAGAAGGGGUUGAGGUAAAGGGCAGAAAAGUGGAUUCUAAAGGGCUCCACUCUGUUUCAGGAACUCCAUCAAAGCUUUCAUCUGGGAUUCCGUUGCCUGAUAAGAGGACCCUUGAAUUGAUCCUUGACAAGCUUCAGAAGAAGGACACUUAUGGUGUGUAUGCAGAGCCAGUUGAUCCAGAAGAGCUUCCUGAUUAUCACGAUGUGAUUGAGCAUCCGAUGGACUUUGCCACAGUGAGGAAGAAGUUGGCAAAUGGAUUUUAUCCAACCUUGGAACAAUUUGAGAGUGAUGUAUUUUUGAUUUGCUCAAAUGCAAUGCAAUACAAUUCAGCAGACACUAUAUACCACAAACAGGCACGAUCAAUACAAGAAUUAGCACGGAGAAAGUUUGAGAAGUUAAGGAUUGACUUGGAACGCUCUCAGAGUGAUUUGAAGUCUGAACAAAAAUCAAGAUCUAAUUCCUUGAUUAAGAAACUAGCAAAGAAGCCACUUGGUCAUGCUUUGCAGGAGCCUGUUGGCUCUGAUUUCUCCUCAGGUGCAACUCUUGCUACUAUUGGAGAUGUACAGCCAACUUCCCAUCCAAUGCAAGGUAUCAUCUGCGAAAGGCCUGGCAAUGUUGAUGGCCUUGUGGAGGGGAAUGCUUUCUUGAUUGAUGCAAAUCAAGAGAAAGCAGAAGAUUUUUUAUCAGGGAAGGGUGUGCUCUCCAAGUUGGGAAGGAAAUCAUCUGUGCAAGAUUAUGAACGUCGUGCAACUUAUAAUAUGUCUAAUCUACCUAUUACUAGAUCUGAUUCAAUAUUUACGACAUUUGAGAGUGAAAUUAAGCAGCUGGUUACUGUUGGACUUCAAGCUGAAUAUUCCUAUGCCAGGAGUUUGGCUCGUUUUGCUGCUACUCUUGGACCUACUGCUUGGAAAAUUGCUUCCCAGAGGAUUCAGCAGGCACUGCCAUCUGGCUGUAAAUUUGGUCGUGGUUGGGUUGGAGAGUAUGAACCCCUGCCAACGCCAGUAUUAAUGCUUGAUAAUCGUGUCCAAAAAGAGCCUAGUUUCGUAACAAAGUUGCAGUCUACUACUGAAUUGAUAAAAGUUGACAAUUGUAAGAAUGUGGAAUCCACCAUGGAACAUCCUGUUAAUGGAGCAAAGUUUGAGGGAAGACAUCCUUCAGUUCGUCCUGGUAGUGGGCCUACAUCAGAAGGAAAACCAUCUUUGUUUGGUUCUGCUGGAAUAAGACCCAAUGCUCCUGUCAAUCUCCUUUAUCACCAAACCCAUGUCCAAACCAAGAACCACGGCAAGUCUGAGAAUAAGGGUUUGAAACAAGUGGAGUUGAACUCUUUACCCUCGAGUGAUCAGAAUAAUGCCAGUCUAGGUGCAAAGCUUCCAAGUAAUGCUUCUGCAGUAGUGUCUAAGCCCAGAGAGAUGGUACCAAGUAACAUGAAUAUUUUACCGUCUAUACCUUUCAAGCAGCUAGAUAAUAAUGGAGUUGUUAGUGGAGAGUUGCCAAAUGGAAAAGUCAGGAAUACUAAUUUAAAUAGACGGAUGACUGGUCCAUCAUCUGAAAGUACGUCAAAUCAAACAGGCAGAGCAGCUCCCUUUGUUGCCCAUGGGCAAGAGCAGAGUCUUAGUGACCCAGUUCAGUUGAUGAGGAUGUUAGCUGAAAAGGCUCAAAAGCAACAGACUUCUAGUUCAUCUAAUCAUUCCCCUGUUGAUACCCCACCAGUGACACCAUCAGUUCCAUCUGGACGGAGAGAAGACUCGAGCAACGCAGCAGCAGCAGCUGCCCGUGCAUGGAUGUCUGUAGGGGCAGCAGGGUUUAAACAAGGACCUGACAGUUCUAGUUCACCCAAAAAUCAAAUUUCUGCAGAUUCAUUGUACAACCCAGCACGAGAGUUCCAUCAGCAUAUUUCUCGAAUUAGGGGGGAGUUUCCCUCUGGUGGAAUGCCUUUCCAGGCCGAGAAGAACAAUUUUCCAUUUCAGGCACUUGCACCUCAGCUUAUUCACCCAGUUGGUGUUUCACAGUUUCCAAACCGACCUAUGGUUUUCCCUCAAGUGGCAGCUUCUGACCUAUCAAGAUUUCAAAUGCAGCCGCCUUGGCGAGCUAUCCGUCCUUAUAGUCAACCAAGACAGAAACAGGAAACACUUCCUCCUGACUUGAAUAUUGGUUUUCAAUCUCCUGGGUCACCUGCAAAACAAUCUUCUGGUGUGCUGGUUGACUCACAGCAACCAGACCUGGCUUUGCAACUAUGAUGUGGCCUUGCAAUUCUGGUGUGGUUUUUUCCACAAGAAUUUGACUUACUAUGGAAUGUUCGGCUCCUGUCAUCGGAUGUUGAUUUUGAUCCAAAAAGCCUUAACUUGCAUAAAUGAAGAAAAGGCUACCAUUUUGUUACUAUUGGGAGAGAUGAAAUGACUACCAUUUGCUGGGGAAGAUUGUUAUCCCUUGGAUGCUUAUGAUGGGUAUCUUAUGGUUGAGUAGGAUUUGGCACAAGGUAAGUCAACAUGAGUUUGCUUAUGUUCAGAAGACUUAGGUGGAUUUGGCAGAAAAUAACCCCACAACUUCCAAUCUUUUCCAGAUGAGGUUUUCUUUGUUACUGCAGCAUGUCUGUGUUCUAUCCUGGAGUUGAAACCAUAGAAAAUAUCUACGGGUCAAUUGAUUAUGAUCAAGCGUUGCUUAGAUUUUUCUAUUAGCCGGAGAAAAUUCCUGUUGAUGCCUUGUACAUUCUUUACAAAUGGAUGAAAUUCAGUUGCCGAUAUUGAUUUCAUUAGAUGAUUACUUGUUUCUCUGAAUUGGUGGUGAUGCAUCACUUCUAGUUCUUAAUGCUGCCAACUAUUCUGUACAUGAGAUUUACAUGUCACGAAUGCAAAACCACAACUUGCUUUUCCUUGUUUUACCCGAUUAGCCUGCUGCUUCAG